AUGGCAGUUGCCGCAGCCCAAUCCCUGCCGGGCUGCCCCGAAAAAUGCGGAGAAGUUGAGAUUCCAUAUCCGUUUGGGGUAGGCGCUCAAUCUGGUACGGGUAACGACUGUUUCUCUGAGAAGCCCUUUCAUGUGGAUUGUAAAAACUCCACGUUAUUCCACGGCAACGUCGAAAUCUCAAACAUAUCCCUCCAGGGUCACAUGGAUGUGUCCAUGCCAGUUUCCAAGGUUUGUUUCAAUGAUACAGGGGGAGUAGUAGACAAGAUCAGAGUCACCCUGUCAACUCCUGUUUUCACCAUCUCUAGCACUGAAAACAAGUUCGUAAGCGUUGGCUGCGACACUUACGGUUACUUAAACAGUUUCCAGGACAGCCAUACAUAUUCCACCGGCUGCUUGACGCGAUGUAACGGAGUUCCCAAUCAGCAGAACGAUGGAACCUGUUCUGGGAUUGGGUGCUGUCAGGUGGAUGUUCCUCUGGGAAUGAGGAAUAUAAGUAUUGAAGCCUUCAGCUUUAAUUUGCAACGAAAGGCAUCCGACUUCAACAACUGUACAUACGCUUUUGUGGCCAAGGAUGGUUGGUUUAAUUUCUCUACGGCCGACCUCAGGUCCUUACCGUUUGAGAAGGCUCCGCUGGUGGUAGACUGGGCCAUUUCCGACGGCACAUGUGAAAGUGAGAAGACAUCGCCAGACUAUGCCUGCAAAUCCAACACCGACUGUGAAGACUCGGGCCAUGGAUUCGGGUACCGUUGCAGAUGCAAACCCGGUUUUGAAGGCAACCCAUAUCUUCCCACGGGUUGCCAAGAUGUAGACGAGUGUAAGGAAUUGACCCAUAACUGCACAAGUGAAGAUAACUGCCGUAACACCGUUGGGUCUUAUGAAUGUUAUUGCCCUCGCGGCUACACUGGGGAUGGUACCAAGGAAGCAGGAUGUCACCCACCCUGGCGCCACAACCCGCUUACAAAACUUCUCAUUGGUAACCAUGUUAACGUUUUGAACUAG